AUGGAGAAACCAGAAGAAAACAAUGCAAAAUCCCUAGUCCAGACCAAUCUGAGACCAGAGGAGUCUCAGGCUCCAACAGAAGACAGCAUGUCACAGACAGUUCAGACAAAUGAAAAACAACCAGAAAGAGCAACAUCAGAACAAAAUUCACAGGACUCACAAGGAACAUCUCAGAAAAUAACAACUAAUGACUCGGAAAUUGUGGCUUUACAUAACUAUGACUAUAACAACUUCAAGUGCCCAAUUUGUUUAGACAUACUGAGGAACACCAGGAUUACAAAGUCCUGUUUCCACCGAUUUUGUAAGGAUUGUAUCAUCACAGCACUGAGGUUAGGAAACAAGGAAUGCCCUGUCUGUAGGAGAAAACUAAUUUCAAAAAGGUCACUAGAUCCAGACCCUCAAUUAGAUGAAUUCAUCAGCAAAAUGUUUCCAGGGUAUAAUGAAAAGGAUUCCUCUCGACAGAAACCAUUAGGGAAAAGGAAAUAUAAAACCCAACACACCUCUAAUCUCAUCAACCAAAGAAGACAGGAGAUAACAGCCACAAAUAGUGUCCAACGUGGAGAAGAUCAACAGGUUAAUACUUCUAGUCGAUUGGAAAGUAAUAAUGACUAUUCACCCAGCUGUAGUAAUGUAUCCACACACAGCAGUGACAAAGCAGGUCCUAGUAACAAACGUGCCAAAACAACUGAGUCUGAACAUGAUAGUAAGCACACAAUGGUGACCAGUGAUUCUGUGACUGAUGGAGCUAGUGAACUUGAAAGUAAUCUUCAUCCAUCUCUCAGAGGAGAAGAUGACCCUGAACAUGCAGAAUUACCAACAACCUCAGGUAUUCCACUAGUAAUCAAAGUUCCCUCUCUCUGGCUUUGGGCUUAG